AUGUGCAAGGUUUUGGAGCGGAUCAUCCUGGAUCGACUAAUCCAACAUCGCGAGAAAACCACCUGCGACAAGCAAUCCGGCUUUCGUCCUGGUCGAUCGACGACUGAUCAAAUGUUUAUUGUGACGAGAGUGAUUGAAGUAUGGCAGCUGUAUUUGAAGCCUCUACAGUUAGCUUUUUUGGACUUAGAAGUUGCUUUCGACUCUCCUCAUAAAAGUCAUCUUCUCAAUGCGCUUCGCGCCUUCGCCUGGAGUUUGAGUAAAAUUCGUACGCCUAACAAACGACCUGAAUAG